UUUUGGAAGGAAAUGGUGUUUCUUCCUGAAGAGUGGAGUAUCAUGAAACCAAUUAGUCAAAGUCGUCUAAGCCAAGAUCAAUUAUUCAGACAAGAGAUGAUGGAGCUUAGAAAUUUCAUCAAGUUGAAGUCGUCUUCUGCCCACACUCUGUCCUCCUUCCUCGAAGUCUCACCAUUUUCACUUUCCAUUUCCCACCCACGAUUUCUUUCCCAUUAAUAGGAGAUCAAUGUUUCUUUCUUUGCUCAGCAACUCAUCCACUCUCCAGUGUUCAAGAAACCCAGAGAGUAUAGAUUGCUAGAGACCCUCCUUUUUCCCGCACAUUUUCUGAGUACAGAGAUGCGGAUCAGACUGGCUUAGUAUCUGUUAUAUAUUGCAAAAUCUAUCAGCUCCUGACGUGAAGAAGCAGCCAAGGUUUUGAGUCUAAAAUACUGAAAUCUCUAGGCCUUCGGAAGAUGGUUGUAGUCAAAGGAUCUGUUAGUAUUAACAGGGGAGAAUUGGAAAGAACGAUGCCAAUUACAGAUUCUCCUUUGAAGAAAGAAACCGAUGCCUUUACUGAGUCUGUUAGUAUUAACAACAAAGAAAUGGAUAAUCAGCCCCUAAACUUAGAUAAUCAUAGCGUCGAGACGAUACAGAAAUUGGGAACCAGCCCCAAACACCAAGCUGCUGUAAGAUUGCAGAAAGUUUACAAAAGCUACCGAACUAGGAGAAUACUUGCAGAUUGUGCAAUUCUUGUCGAACAGAGCUGGUGGGAACUCUUAGAUUUUGCUGAACUCAAAUGGAUUUCUAUUUCUUUCUUUGAUAUCUUGAAACAUCAAGCUGCCAUUUCUCGAUGGUCACGAGGGAAAAGGAAAGCUGGCAGAGUUGGAAAAGGCUUGUCAAGUGAUGAAAAUGCACAAAAACUUGUUGAUAAGCACUGGCUUGAAGCGAUCGAUCCACGACAUCGAUAUGGACAUAACCUACAUUUCUAUUAUGAGAGAUGGCUUGAUACUAAAAGCAGACAACCCUUUUUUUACUGGCUAGAUAUAGGAGAAGGCAAGGAAGUAAAUCUUGAAGCAUGCCCUAGAUCAACAUUUCAAACGCAGUGCAUCAAGUAUCUUGGUCCUACAGAAAGGAAGGCCUAUGAAGUUGUUAUAGAGCAGGGCAAGCUCCUCUACAAGAUGACAGGGGAGCUUAUUCACACAACGGAAGAUGCUAAGUCCAUUUUUGUCCUUGAUACAUCUAAGACCUUGUAUGUUGGCAUGAAGAAGAAAGGCACAUUUCAGCAUUCUAGCUUCUUGGCUGGAGGAGUCACAACUGCUGCUGGCAGAUUAAUUGUUGAAACUGGCAUUCUUAAAGCAGUUUGGCCUCACAGCGGUCAUUAUUGGCCUACAGAAGAAAAAUUUCAAGACUUCCUUUCAUUCCUCAGAGAAAACAAUGUGGAUCUCACAGAUGUAGAGACAAGUGCUCUGGACUAGGAAGACAGAAUGCUUUGUACACGAAGAAGCCGCGAUUGUCUUAGAAGUAACCCACUGGAUCAGAACCACUGAUUCAGUAGUUGGACCAAGAUUUCCAGUAAAAGAUUCAAACACAAGAGACGCCUUUUGUGGAACAAAACCGCGAGGCCACAUAGUUAAAACAAACACUGUCUUGCCUUCAUAGUUCGAUUAGCUGAAAAUUAUUCACCAGGUCGAAGGUUAACAUAUAGACUUUUCAUUUAUGGGAUAACUAAACGAAAUUAAUUUAUAGCAAACUCAAACCCGUAUCAUUUUAUUGUGCUUAGAAGCAUGUCAUUUAAGCUCAACUUAUUUUUUAAAAAGUAUUUUUU